AUGAAUCCGGUCUUGUUGGGCUUUGCAAAGCUGUACAAUCUUGUCCCGGGGAUGGGGAGCAUAAUCGAGUACUUAGCCCCCGCAGCCGAGCCGACACUAGUACCUGGGCAAUGCGAGAAGGAGUCUGCUGAGCCGCACCCAGCACAGUACAAGCGCGCGCUUGAUGAUGGCGCAGGCCAGGCUACCUCCAACGACAUACCGAAAAGCCCCAUUCUCGAUCACAGGCCUGCACCAACUAUCGUGCACGAUCGGCAGCACAUCUUGACGCCGCCGCCGGCUAUAGAGCCGUUCACCAACGUCUAUCAUUGCGCCGCGUGCACGAAGGAAGCGAGCGAGCGCCGUGCUUGCGUUUGCGGCCAUGCCAACCCUCUGGCCGAACGAUUAAUCGCAAGCCAGCGAGAGAUCGAAGACUUGUUCAGCCAGCUGAAGGAAAGACAUAUCUGGAUCGACAAGCUUCAGGUGCAACUUCGAAGCGCGCAAUGGCAAAAUGAGGACCAACUGCACCUUAUAGCAAAUCUGGAUCGAACGUUGCAUGACACGCAGGUGAUGCUAUAUGAGCAACAGGAGCACUCUCGCCGCGAGAACGAUCUUCAGAGGCAGGAGUUGGAGAUCGCUCGCCGCUUCUUGCAGCGCUCGGAUACACUGUCGGAGGCAGACGUGAAAGGUCAGGUCAUGAAGCUGAACGAGGAGGUCUUCCAGAUCGCUACGAGCCUCGUGGACGAAAUACUGGACGGCGGCGGCAGCGAUAUCGGAGACAGCACAUCCGUAGAUGGACCAGACGCGCUGACCAUCGAGCGCCUUGUCGGGAGUCCUGUCGUUCGCGCACUGGAGGAGAGCCGCAUCGGCGAAGAGGGAGCCAACGUUGCAAGACAGUGGCGAGCGAUGACCAGGCGCAGCUUGCGGGUGGCGGAACAGGAAAAGCGCGAGCUCUGCGCCCAAUUUGCUGGUUCAGUCUGUCGCGACUUGGUCACGCUGCUGGGUUUUUGCCAGCAACUGGGCAUCAGGGGCGACCGCAUUGACUUCGAGCCCUAUCGAGAGCGCCUUGCCUAUGUUGCGGAACUGGCGAUCGAGCUCAAUGAAAGCGUGGGGUUUGGCGUGUCCUCGGUGGAUCUCACCGUCUUCACAGUGCAGAUGGGUCAGAACUUCGACCGACCGAGCAUGCGCGACUUCUGGAGCGACCCUGUGGAGUCUACUAGCGCUUGCGACCAGCCGAAGGAGGAUACCGUGGUGGGAACCUGUGCGUUGGGAUUGAAGAGAGAGGGUAGUUCUGGGGACGGCGAGAAGGCGGCUAGUGUCGGGCUGGUCCUCCUGCCAGCGAGUAUCGUGCUCCAGUCAGCGCUGCAUCCGGACCCCCACGCGUAACAUGCCUUAUGGACGUGGGGCGAGUAAUAAUCCAGCCGAUGAGGUGGUAAUUGGAACCAAGCCAAGCCAGAAUGGGACUAUCUGUGUGACGGUGAAGAUCAUCUGACGCCUAGGAUUACUAUUGGCGCAGAUCCCAACCAACUCACCUUCUUCCUAUCUCCCUCGCUCUCAUCCCCC